AUGGCAGAAGCGAACCCUGAUCCCACCUUCAAUCUUCUGACUGCCCACCAGGAUGAAGAUCCCGAAACUUGGGAAAGCGUGAUCGACCCUGAGAAGUUGAAACGAGCUCGUACCGUCGCUAAGGCUACCCACACGAAGUCUGGCAAACGAAUGAUGGCAUCGGUCAGAACAGGAGACGACAGAGACACUAUAAGAACUCUGCGAGCCGUUUACGUCCGUGAUUAUGAAGAACUUGAAGCUCGCCAUGACCGAUACCUGACCUACGCACGACUCUCUCUUGAACAAGCUGGAGCCGAGAAAUUUUGGUUACAGUUUGUGUCUUCCGAGCACGAAGAGUUCACCAACAAAGUCGACCAAUACCUAGCAAGCCUUCCUCCCAGGUCUACAGCAUCUUCUCGUUCUCAACGAUCUGCCCGUAGUUCCAGUACAUCAUCGACGCUCACAAAAAUUCAUGAAGUUGACCGACUUCAGAAAGAGGCCGAGCUGAAACUGCGUCAAGAACAGGAGGAGGCGAAGAUCAGAGAAGAGGAGGAAGCCUGUUUAAUGAAAGUAGAGGUUGAGUGUUUACAGCAGCGGAUUGACUCCCAGAUCCAACAGAGCAAGAUCGACUCCCAACGAAGACAGAUCGACUCUCAGAGGAGACAACGAGAACUGCGCGACGAAGCCGAAAGACAACGACACAACGGAGUAAUCAUGCGUCAGCAGCUUGCUGAAGUUUUACUGGAUGACGAGAUACUUGGUAGAAAUGUGCCCACCUCUGAGCAGUUACCUGUGAAAUUGGAAGUACAACCGACAACUGCUUCACUGCGUAUUACACCACUAUCGAGAACCCUUCCAGCGAUUCAAACUACUGCUGCCUUUACACCCAUGGCUUCUUGUGCAGCUUCGCUACCGCCACACCAACCAGCUAUUGAAAACACGACCGAUCGAUCCUUACCUUUUCCCAACAACGCUUCUGCCCCAGUCUUCUCUACCUUCAAUCCAUCGGCGCAAAACCAUACGUCACCGCAGGAAGGCGGCCAUCGUCUAUCAAUGACAGAUGCCUAUAUGCCAGAUGCUUGGAUUCAUGCGCUAAAUCCAUCAUUCCCAUCGACCGCCCGCUCUGGAAUAAAACCGCCGAGACUCCAGGUACCGUCCUUCCAUGGAGAUCCACGCAGCUGGCCAAUGUUUAUCCAAACAUUCAAAAUCCUCGUUCACGACGCCGUGGGGUCCGAUGCUGAAAGACUGACUCAUCUUCGUGAGGCACUUGCACCGGGGAUAAGGAGAACUCUCGGGGAGGCGUUGCUGAACCCUGGGCUCUACCAACACGCUCUUUUGGAACUCCACAAGAGAUAUGGGAACCCGCAAGUCGUAGCGCAAGCCUGCGUUUCUUCCCUCCUAAAGCUCCGCGCCUUUAAAGAGGGAGACUUCCAGGCACUGAAAAAUUUCUCCGCGGACCUACAUUCAGUCGUCGCAACCCUACGCCUCGGUGGUUACGGAAUGGAGCUGCAAAGUCAUGCUACAUUGGCGCAACUAGUGUCAAAGCUCCCUUCAAAUUUGAGGAGCAAAUGGGGUGAACAUAGCUGGUCUAUGCAGCCGAAUUUACCCACCAUCGAAGAAUUUAACCAAUGGCUGGACAAUAUAGCCAUGGCUGAACUUUCCGUUCGGUCAUCGUUCAUUGAUAUGAACCCGUCGACUACUUCACGCGGAAACGGAGCAGACCACUUAAAGAAUCGACAGACGACCAACCGUCAAGUCUUCAACAUUUCGACGUCGUCUACGUGUCCCGUUUGCGACAGCCAUAAUCGACAUCCCCUGAGCCAAUGUCGACAAUUCAGGCAACUUCCUGUGGAAAAGAGAGCUGCCAUCGUCAAGGAUUUUAAGGCCUGUUUUCGCUGCUUGGAGCGCGACCACCUGAGCCACGACUGUAAACGGCGAGAGCGAUGCUCAACCGCAAAUUGUGAGGGAUUUCACCACCCCUUGAUGCAUGGCGCCCCGAAAGUCUACCCGCCUAAACGUUCGGAAACAAGACAGUCGGACGCCGUUGGAGUAACCUUCACUGGAUCCACAGCCUCCAAUUCAACGUCUCGUCGAACCCUUUUACCAAUAGUGCCGGUAAUCCUGAAGGCAAAUGGAAUGGAGACUCGUACCUUUGCUCUUCUAGACUCGGGCAGCGAAAUCUCGGUCCUAAAACGACAAACCGCUGAUCAUCUAGGUAUUAGAGGGAGACUGGAGCGGACUACGACGAAGACUGUGAAUGGCGAAAGUCAAGCUGUCGACACUGAGGUCGUCUGCUUCACAAUCACCUCCAUCGAUCGGACAUCCGACUUCGAGGCAGUAGAUGUGCACGUCAUGCCGUCAUUUGAGCUUACCAAACGACUGUUCGACUUGGUUAAGUUGACGAAGACGUGGCCCCAUCUCUCCCACGUGCCUAUACAUUCAUUUAAAGCCGAAGAUGUUGCGGUUCUCAUCGGUCAGGAUCAUCCGGCGGCUCUGGAAAUAUUCGAAACACGGAAAGACCCGCUGCAACCAAGAUCUCCUCGCGCCCACUUAACUGCCUUCGGCUGGUAUAUCGCCGGUCCCACGCAUCGUUCAGGCUCACAAGGAGUAGGCUGUUUCCAUAUCAGCUCCGGCGAAGAUAAAAUAACGUCCAUGGUUCGUCAGUUCAUCGAGGUAGACACGUUUGGGACGAAGCCGAACGUGAAGUCGCCGAUGUCGCAAGACGAGCAGCGAGCGUGGAAAAUUCUGCAAGAAUCGACUAAACAUAACGGCGAACGAUAUGAAUGUGGGCUGUUGUGGAAGACCGAUUCUCCAAAUCUCCACAACAACAUUUUCACUGCCGAACGACGGCUAUUCAAUCUGGAAAGGAGAUUCGAAAAGGAUCCCAGCUUGGCAGAGACCUAUCGCAGCGUUAUUGAAGGAUACGUCAAUUUAAAACACGCCCGAAAACUAUCGCGAACCGAAAUAGAUGAGGGACCUCUAGGCCGCAUCUGGUACAACGCCCACCACCCGGUAUUCAAUCCAAAUAAACCUGGAAAGUGUCGAGUGGUCUUCGACUUAAGAGCUAAGAGCCGAGGUGUCUGCCUGAACGACCUCCUAUUGAAGGGACCUGAUCUCUUGACGAGCCUCAUCGGCGUACUCCUCCGUUUUCGCCAGUACCACGUCCCCUUGGUGGCAGACGUAGAGAAGAAGUUUCAUCAGGUCCGGGUCCGGUCAUCCGACGGGCCGGCCUUUCGUUUUUUAUGGCGCACACCCGGCAGCAAAGAACCACCGGAUGUGUACCAAAUGGACGUCCACCUAUUCGGAGCUGCUUCAUCUCCAGCUGUCUGCUCAAAUGCCCUUCGACAAGCAGUCAGAGACAGUGGUGAUGCAGAUACUCUCCUACCGCAAGUUACCCGCCAUUUCUACGUUGACAAUUGGCUGGUUUCGUUCCAAUCGAUCUCGGAAGCUUUGUCAACGGCCCAUCGUCUUACCGAAGCAUUGAAGGCAGGAGGCUUCCCUUUGACGCAAUGGGCUACGUCACAUACAGCCGUGCGAUCCGGUCUCCCCGAUAUGCAACACCGAGAACCCAUUAUAGACAUGGACCUGGACGCUUUACCAAUUGAGCGUACUCUCGGUUUAGUGUGGGACUUUCGUCGCGAUGCCUUCGUUUUAAAAACGCCCGUCUCCCCAGUUGGUACUACGAAACGAGCCUUGUUAAGGGCGGUGUCCAGCAUAUUCGACCCCCUAGGCUUCCUCUCGCCCAUCGUCUUCCAAGCCAAACACCUGCUGCAAGAUGUUUGGCGUCGCCAAUUUGAUUGGGAUGACCAAUUGGAUUCCGACCUACAAGACUGUUGGAAAUACUGGACCCACACCCUACCAUCACUGGACGGGCUAGUUUUAAGCCGCUGUGUGUCUCCAAAUCGACAAGACGUCACUUCGACUGAGCUCCAUAUCUUCGGAGACGCAUCUGAGGCUGGAUUUGGAGCGGUGGCCUACGCACGCUUCGUUUACGCCGACGGAAAGGCGGACGUUUCUUUUCUCAUCGCGAAAUCGAGAAUCGCGCCGCUCAAAUUUCUGACGAUCCCUAGGCUGGAAUUGUCAGCUGCAGUCUUGGUCAUCCGACUUUCCAACUUGCUGGUGGAGGAGCUAGACAUCAAAUUCGACCGCGCGCUCUACUGGUCCGAUUCGACGACGGUAUUGAGCUGGAUCAAGUCAACUUCCUGCCGCUUCAACGUGUAUGUUGGAAACCGCGUCGGCGAAAUAUUAGAAACAUCGUUACCAGACCAGUGGCAUUACGUGCCGAGCAGCUUAAACCCGGCCGACGACGCCAGCCGAGGUUUGAAUGCCGGGGAAUUUACUGGCCAACAUCGAUGGUUUAUGGGUCCAGCCUACCUACGGGACCCUGAAAACUGGCCCAAACACCCCUUUCUUCCCUCUAUCGAUCCCAGCGAUCCCGAAAUUCGUCCAUCUGCGUGGAUCGGUGCAGUACAGAGAGAAGAGGAUGGCAUUGACGCGCUAAUCGCAAACGUUUCACGCAUCCACAUCAUCAUUCGUGCAGUGGCCUACGUGCAACGUUGGGUAAAAAACGCGCGAUCCUCCAGCGGUAAUCGUUCGUUUGGUGAGCUGAUGGCUGAAGAGAUUCGACAAGCCAAAGAGUUCUUGUUGAGGCGUGCUCAAAAGAAUGCAUACCAGUUGGAGAUUGUCCACUUACAAACAGGCCGUCAGAUUCCCUCUAACUCGACGUUAUUGAAAUUGGCACCCCACCUGGAUCAUCGCGGACUACUGCGCGUAGGCGGCCGUAUCGAAAGGGCUCCGCUUCCUAAAGACGCACACCAUCCGAUCAUUCUUCCGCCUAAGGAACGCCUGACCGAGCUAAUUUUGUUCCAACUUCAUCGCGAACGCGGCCAUCUAUCCGCCGAGCAGCUUCAUCACGAAGCCCGAAAACAAUUUUGGAUACCGAAGGGACGUAUAACAACUCACCGCGUGUGGAACCUAUGCUAUAUCUGCCGCAGGUAUAGAGCUAAAGGUUCAACGCCUAAAAUGGCCGACUUGCCCGCGGUACGACUACGGGCCGGCCUACCAGCCUUCACGCACACCGGGUUAGAUUAUUGGGGUCCCGUGGAUGUCACCCUUUUCCGAAGGACGGUCAAGCGUUGGGGAUGCUUAUUCACCUGCCUCUCCUCACGCAGCGUUCACUUAGAGAUGGCCUACUCCCUCGACACCAGCUCUUUCAUCGCUGCACUUGAUCGGUUUCAGAACCGCCGUGGUGUUCCGGCAUCAUACCACAGCGACAACGGUACUAACUUUGUCGGUGCUCAUCGUGAAUUGGCCGUCUGCCUAGAAAAUUUAAGCCAGUCGACCAUUCUCCGUCAUCUCAGCCGACAACCAACUUCGUGGCACUUCAACCCGCCAGCUUCUCCGCAUUUUGGCGGAGUAUGGGAGCGUAUGGUGCGCGCCGCAAAACAUGCGCUCCAAUUCGUUUUAGGUCGUCAACGUCUAACUGAUGAAAUCCUCGUCACGGCGUUAACGCAUGUGGAGAACAUUCUCAACAGCCGCAAGUUGACCCCGCUAACCGAAGACCCGAGCGACCCAGAAUGUUUGACGCCAAACCAUCUUUUGCUAGGUCGAGCAAAGCCGAAUGUUCCUCCAGACGUUUUUUCUGACCAAGACCUCUCAUCGAAAAAACGCUGGCGUAUUUCUCAAGCCAUUGCCGACCAGUUUUGGCGACACUGGAUGCGCGAGAUCGUACCAGGCCUUACCGAGCGGAAAAAUGGUACGAAACCCAAAACAAUUUGGAGGUCGGUGAUAUCGUCAUCAUAA